GUCACAUUUACGUCACUUGUCAUUCAAAUAUAUCAAUCAAGAUUUGACAAAAAGAAGGAAGUUACAAAUUGUUUUUAAACAAUUAAUUAAAUUAUUCAUUGACUAUUAUUAUUAAUGCUGCAAUAUAAUUUUAUACAAUCUCCAAGAAGCUAGUGACCGCAGCAAAAUGGCCAGGGAUUAUGACCACUUGUUCAAACUGCUCAUAAUAGGAGACAGUGGCGUUGGUAAAAGUUCCUUACUUUUGCGUUUCUCGGACAAUACGUUCACUGGAAGCUACAUAACUACCAUAGGUGUAGAUUUUAAAAUAAAAACUGUAAAUGUAAAUGGCCAAAAGGUGAAAUUGCAAAUUUGGGAUACUGCCGGACAGGAGAGGUUCCGAACGAUAACUAGCACAUAUUAUCGGGGUACACACGGUGUUAUAGUUGUAUAUGAUGUUACUAAUGGAGAAAGUUUUGCUAAUGUUAAACGGUGGUUACACGAAAUUGAACAGAACUGUGAUUUAGUAAAUAAAGUAUUAGUUGGUAACAAAAACGAUACGCCAGACAGGAAAGUAGUGCUAACGGAGGAUGCUCAACGGUUCGCUGACACAAUGAAUAUUAAAUUAUUCGAAACCUCGGCGAAAGAUAACAUAAACGUAGAAGAAAUGUUCCUAGCAAUAACGAAAUUAGUUUUGAAAGCUAAAUUGGAAAUGCAAGAGAGACAGAACGUUACUCAAAACGAUACGGUCAAUUUAAGGAAAACGAAUAAACAAGGGAAGAAGAAAAAUUGUUGUUAGCCAUUAUAACAUAAUAAUAAUAUAUAAAAUAUAGCAUUGAUGUGUGUCGGUAAGUUGUGUGAAUGGAUAUUAUGACAAUUUUGUAAUGGGACGUUUUUUUUUAAUCGAUAGUGCAGCAUCACUAAUGCAUUUAACGAUUUUCGAAAUCCUCUGUAUCAUUCCAAUGUCACGAAACCAUUACAGUGAAAAAGUAUAAUUUAAUAAUUUCAAUAGGGAUAGAUAAUAUGUAAUUUGUAAAAAUAUGUAUGAAGAGCAAUUCUACAGAGCUAUCUAAUGCCGCAUAAAAGACCAAAAAUAUAAAUUUUACAGAGAUAUUUUAUAAAACGUACCAUAUUUCUCAUACAAUACAAAUAAUUGAUCAUAUCAGUGAUCUCACCAUAAUUAAACAGGAGAAUUGUAGUAAUUGUCUAAAGUUAGAAUAACAAUCGAAUUGAUUUGUAAACUCCUUGCAUUUGGAAUUUAAUUCUGAUUAUUUAAAAACUUUUUACUCGUUUAAUUUUCUACUCAUUUCAUACACUUAUUACGAUUAUAUUGAAUUCAUAAUAUUGUUCUUAACUCUGUAUAAAUACUUUUUCUUGUUGGGCUAUUUCUUUUUUGAGGAUUUGAUUAUUCCGAGUGCAAUGGAUUGAUGUUUAAAAUUUCAUAGUCUCGCUCCAUUAGUGUUUGGGAUGGGAACGCUAUCCGUAAUUGUACAAAUUUAUCGAUAAUUCUCAAUAUUAGCCAAAUUUAUCGGUUUUUUAAGUGUACCUUCCUUUUUAAAUUGUUAUGUAUUAUUCAUGAUAUUUUUUUUUGAAAAUGUAUAUAGGCACUUUCUUUUUUAUAUCCACUUUUAUCGUGUAUAGUUUAAAGAAAACAUUUAAAAUCGUAUUCUUUUUUAUUAUUAAGCUCAACGUGAGUAUAUCUAAAAACCUUUACUCAAGUAUAAAAAUUUGAAUAUCCUUAUGUUGAGAACAAACCAAAAAUUUAGUUUGAACCAUUAGUUGUCAAAAAUAUCAUUUAUAGGUAUGUAAAAUUAAUCUAAUUUCAUUUUUUUUGUAAUACCUUUAUAAACAGAAUGUGAGAUAUUCUUCAAUCAUAAAAAUGGUUCAUAUAAAUUGCCCAGUAGGCAGUUCAAAAAUGGGAUGCUAUGCAAUUAGUUUUAGCUUAUUUGUACAUUUUGAAUAUUGCUUCUUGUUGCAAUAUUAAAAAAUAAUUAGAGAAAUUCAUGCUUUGAAUAAAUGUUCAUUGGACGUUAGUAAAAUUUAAAUAAUCAAGUAAAGAAAACGUCAAUUAAAUAGGAUAAAAUCGUGAAAUUAAAUGGCUUAUGUGAACUGAUCGAAUUGUAAUUAAAAGUAUAACGAGCAGUUUCUAUUUUGUAUUUUUAAAAAGUGUAUCGUCGACAAUAUAUUUAAUGAACCAUUUAACUCAUUAUUUUGCAGGUUUGAACCUUUAUGUAAUAUGUUUAUUAUAAUAUAAAUUGUAUAUUUGUUGUG